GAGAGUGAGAUGGCCAUUGGCUGGGACCAUAGAAACUAAACGGAAGUUUACCGUCGCGAGCUCGGCUAAAAGGAAAAGCUACGAUUUACAAGUAUUUUUUAAAAAACAUUUAAACUACCCGACCGCUUCAAAUGUAAGCUUAAAUUAACAUGUAGGCGUAUAUCUCAAAGAGACGACUGACAAGCUAACGCGCAGUCGUGGCUUUAAUCGCAGUUAGCUUGACGUCUAAUGGUGCUACAGCCUUAUCACUACAAUGUUCAAAGCUAAAAUACUCCUAAUUGGUCCAAAUGAGAGUGGGAAAACUGUCCUUGCAAAUUUUCUCGCAGACGCAACAGAAAACGUGGGGGGCGAAUACAGACCCACUCAAGCAGUCAGGAUACUAGAAUUUGAAUCGCAACUGGAUGCCAGUGCUGACGUGAAAUCAUGCGAGGUUGAGAUCUGGGACUGUUCUGGUGACUUCAAGUUUGAGUCAUGCUGGCCUGCGCUCACCAAGGACUGCAGUGGGGUGGUGAUCAUUUUUAAUCCCGACGUUCCCAGUCACUUGAAAGAAAUUGAGACCUGGCACUCGAUGUUCAUCUCCUCGCAGGGCUUGCUAGACAGCCAGUGUCUGCUCAUCGCACAUCACAAGCCCGGCAGCGCAGUUGAAGAAGGUCGACUGCCUUUAGCAUCACAGCUGAGCAAACUUACACUUAUUCACUCUGAAAUGGAGGAAGAGCCCGAGGACCUGAGGCGAGCUUUCUGCAGAUACCUGGGAAAAGUAGUAAAUGCACUUUCGGAAAGCCGGGAGCAGGAGGAGAUGUCCAUCAUCACAUAGCGCCAAAACCUCUUAAAUAUGAGCAGGACCCCUCCACCUGUAACCCCAGUUGAUGCCCGGAUAUCUCAACUUUGGUUUCAUCUGACCUUAUCGCAAGCCCUCUCCGACUCAUGUAGAUGUUCACUGGCAAGCUUAAGGCAUGCGUGUGCCUUCCUGAACAGCCACUGCAAGAUUUCAUUGUAAUAUGGCGCAGUGUGUUGUUACCAAAGGUUUUCUUGAUGGUUGACGUUCAAUUUGCCUUCCAAUAAUUGCCAGGUUCCAGCUGUGUACUUUGAGUCGGUUCUCUUACCUUUUUCAUGAUCAUCCUCACUCCAUGAGGCAAGAUCUUGCAUGGAGCGCCAUACUGUGAACAAUCAAUGGUCAUUUUUUUUCCCACUUUGGAACGAUGGUGCCAAUAGUUGUAACAUUCUCACCAAGCCUUUUCCUGAUGUUUUUUGUAACCCAUUCCAAUCUUGUCCCUGUCGUCGUUUCGACAGCUCUCUUGUCUUAUCAUGAUUGGAAAGUAAGACAUUCUACAGUAUAAUAGGUGUGCUUAAUAUUGGAGUUGAUAUUUAAGUGUUCUUACCAGCCAAUCUGUGAGGGCCAACAUUUUGGUUGGGUUGUUAUUUCACCCAAUAAAAUGCACAACAUGUAAUCAACUUUUUUUUUUUUCACGCAAUUUGUAUUCAUAUUUUAUCCAUAACAAAAAAUAACAAUAAAAAUGUGAAUAAAUUUCUUUGCAAGUGAGCAAACUUACAAUGUCAUCACGGGAUGAAAGGAUUAUUUUCCCAACUGUUUAUGGUAAGAAACCCAUCUGUUAUCCUUCUAAUUAGACAAUUCACAGAUUCUGUUGGGUUUGAAAGGAUUUUAUUGGCAUGUAAAAGUCACGUAUCAGUGUGUGACAUGAAAGGAACAUGAGAAAACGGUAAUCAUGUAUCACAUAACAGUACAAUAUCUCAUGGUAUAGCAUGUUAAUAAGUGUCUGGAAUACAACUGCAAAAAAAAUCUUUUCGUAAAACAAAACCAACCGAGGCGGAUUUCCUCCAUCUCGGCUCUCACAGCGAGAGUA